AUGUGUACCCCUGGGGGAAUGUGUACCCCCGACUGCACUGAGCGUACCCCUGGAGGUAUGUGUACCCCUGGGGGAAUGUGUACCCCCGACUGCACUGAGCGUACCCCUGGAGGUAUGUGUACCCCUGGGGGAAGGUGUACCCCGACUGCACUGAGUGUACCCCUGGAGGUAUGUGUACCCCUGGGGUAUGUGUACCCCGACUGCACUGAGUGUACCCCUGGAGGUAUGUGUACCCCUGGGGGAAUGUGUACCCCUGACUGCACUGAGCGUACCCCUGGAGGUAAGUGUACCCCUGGGGGAAUGUGUACCCCCGACUGCACUGAGCGUACCCCUGGAGUGUACCCCUGGGGGUAUGUGUACCCCGACUGCACUGAGUGUACCCCUGGGGGUAUGUGUACCCCCGAAUGCACUGAGCGUACCCCUGGGGGUAUGUGUACCCCUGGGGGUAUGUGUACCCCCGACUGCACUGAGUGUACCCCUGGGGGUAUGUGUACCCCUGGAGGUAUGUGUACCCCUGACUGCACUGAGCGUACCCCUGGAGGUAUGUGUACCCGCGACUGCACUGAGUGUACCCCUGGAGGUAUGUGUACCACAGUUUGUGAAUAA